AUGGCGUGUUCUCGUGGGGAUUUGCUCCUCUUGGGGCUCGCGGCGGGGGGUCUCGUGGCUUCGCUGCUGUGGACCCGCCAGUGGGGCGAUGCGCGGCCGGAGGGGCCGAAGGAGGACGAGGAGGGACCCCCGCAGCGGGGGAGUGAAGAAAAGAAAAAGAAGAAGGAGAAAAAGAAAAAGGAGAAAAAGGACGACAAACCCCGCAGUGGGACGCUGGGGCCGGCGGAGGCCUUUAAACGCCGGGCGGUCGCUCGCGGGGUGGCGGGCGGAGACGAGUCGGAAAUCACACGGCGAUUCCCGCGGCGUUUUGAGCUCUUUGGCCACGUGGUGGUGGUGAAGUUGAAUGCCGGCGUGUCGCGGGGGGACUUCGAGGAGUGCGCCGCCGUCUUCGCGGAGUCCUUCGCCCCGCGUGUCGUCACGGUUGUGCUGCUGGACACCGUUGGGAUUGGCGGGGAACUGCGAGAGCCGCAGCUGCAUUUACUGUGGAAGAGCGCAACGGAAAGCAUUACAAUGCCGAAGGAGUCGCUGAAGUACACACUUCGGCAGUCAUGUGAUCCUGCUUGUGUCUCACCAGAGGAUGUGAAGUUAUUCGAAACGUGUACAGAUUCUUUGACAUUUACAACUCAUAUUGAAAAUGGUGUUCGAUAUAGUUUUGAUGUCUCUAAGGUUAUGUUUUGCAGUGGAAAUGGAACGGAGCGUAUGCAUUUCUCUACUAUUGUAGCUAAAGAUGAGGUUGUGGUGGAUAUGUUUGCUGGUAUUGGUUACUUUACUAUUCCAUUAGCCAUGCAUGGAGGACCUAAAGUUAUUCAUGCAUUGGAAAAGAAUGCAAAUAGUGUAACAUUUCUAAAAUAUAAUGCUGUUCAAAAUAAAGUCAGUCAUGUGAUACGUACAUACUGUGGUGAUAAUAGGGAAGUUGGAUCUGAAUUAUGUGGUAAGUGUGAUCGUGUGCUUAUGGGUUAUAUUCCAUCAUGUGAAGAAUUUUUACCACGUGCAGUUUCUUUUCUAAAGGUUUCACCGAAUGGAAAUCCUAUUGGUACUAUCCAUUAUCAUUUCUUGUCUGAUAAAAAUAAUGCGGAAGAUACUGUGAGGCAACAUGUAAAAAUGUCACUCGGGGAAGAUAUGGUACGUUUAAUCCAUAUAAAUGCCAUACGUAUUGUUAAAUCAUAUGCACCAAAAAGAUUCCAUUGUGUGGCGGACCUUGUUUUUGAAUCUUCUUCCAGUGAAGAAUAG